AUGGCCAGAGUUCUGUCCGCAAAUAAUGUCCACACAGUCAUCUCAGCCCUUCGAGUGUUCGAAUCAGCUUCCUCAGAGUCAGAGGUCAACCUCGUGAAGGCCUCAGUCCUUGCUGGCACUCCAAAACGUUUCGUGGCCAGCGUUUGGGGUGUACAAUAUGCCGAAGGUUCAAUGGUAGGGGAUGCCCGAGCACGCACUUUGACCGAGUUACGAACGACCAAUCUGGAAUGGACACGUUUCAACAAUGGCUAUUUCCUUGACUGCUUCGGACCAUCAACCCUGAAGUCUUAUAUGCAGCCGGUCGUCUACGCGAUUGACGUGGCGCAUAAGGCGGCCGGGAUUCCUGGGACAGGCAAUGAGCCGAUGGCGUUCACAUACACCUUCGACGUUGCCCGGUUUUUGCUCGCGGCUUUGGACCUGCCAAAAUGGGAAGAGGAAAUGUAUUGCUACGGGGAGAAAACGACGUGGAAUGCGUUCCUCAAGGCUGCAGAAGAUGCUAGGGGCUCGAAAUUCAACGUCUCGUAUGAUCCUCUUGGGAAGCUUCAAAGGGGCAAGGUCACUGAGCUUCCGGCACAUCAAGAUAUGGGUUACGAAGUUUUCUCUCGAGAAGCGCUACAGCAACUAAUGGCUAUCUGGGGUCAAUUCGUUCUGGAUGGCAGGUAUGACCUCCCACUCGAUAAGGCUCUCAACAAGACGUUUGCCGAGGUCCAUCCCAUGACCGUCAAAGAUGUGCUUGCAAUGUGGCAGGGACUUUGA